GCUUCCCUGUUUCGUCAGUCCGUCACAGAAAGCGACAGGGUCGGGUGGGUCGAGCCGUACGCCGAGGGCAAGUGACGAAGCCCUGUGGUUACGAGAUCAAAUCUGAUGCGGUCGAGUUGAGCCCGGAUAGUUUUUCAGUUCCCGUCGAUCUCUUAACACGAUAUACUAGUCGCCGGUAGUGAAGCCGGCUUUACAUCAGUGCGAAUUCGCAGUACAAAAGAGACUUGUGAUAUUUUUCUAGCAUAUAAAGUUCCGGUACGGAACUCUUUAAUUUUUUGGAUUAAAAGUGUACAAUAUAAGUAAAAAUUUGGAAAACAUGGAGAUACUUCCGGUCACCAAUCAGUUUAAUGUCGGAUUCAACAGUGAGAAAGCUUGGAGCGGACCGACGUGGCGGGAGGCGCCGGUGCCGGCGGAGGCGGCGCUGGCGGCGCGGCUGGAGCGCGAGCUGAGGGCGGCCAAGAGCGCCAGCGAGCUCGCGGCGGCCGAGGUGCUGGUGCCCGCGGAGCUGCUGGCGCGCGCGGCCCGGCAGGCGCUGGCGCUGGCCGAGGGCGAGCCGUGCGGCGCGCGCGGGGCCGCCCUCAUCGUGGACGUGGCCGGCCGCCGCCUCGCCGCCUUCAAGCUGGACCCCAACACGCUCACCACGCACGAGAUCCAUCUACAUCUUGAACACGACGCUACCAACUGGACCAGCAUGUUGCCGCAAUUUUUAAAAAACUUAACGCGAGGCGGCACCAUCAUCAUCAGCCCCCAGUUCACGAUAAGCAAGAAAAAGCUGUUCCGCAGCCAGGACGAGUGAGUCCCUGUGAUAGCGCGUGGUGCGAGCGAGCCGACUGACUGCCCUCCUCGAUAUCUACGUAUCGUUAUUUUAACAAAUAUCAAUAUUACUAUAUGUAUAUUAUUAUUAUAUAUUUUUAAUAAGAGAAAAAAAAGCACAGCGUGAUAUGUAUAGAUGUAGAGAAGUGUUGCUCGGGCGACGCCGACGGUGGCGGCGCGGCGCGAUCUCCCCGUCCCUCCCACCGCAGCGCCGCGCCGUCGCCGGGCCGCGUCCGGGCCGCGUCCGGGCCGCGCCGGGCCGCGCGGGUCCGUGCCGGGCCGGCUGCGGGGCCGGCGCGUGCCGUUGAUCUCAAGCUCGCGCGUGUAACUGAUGCCCUGAACGAUCUUAGUGUUAAGCUAUUAUUUUUUUGUUUAGAGUUCGAGUCUAUUCUGAAGUUGUAGAUCGGUUCGUAUUCAAUUUCGUGUAUCGUAUGUAUUUAUUAGAGAUGAUCUCCGAGGAGGUCAGAGAUAUUGUCUACGUUUUUUCGUAAUUGUACUAGUUCGUACAUUUGUUUGUGAUACUACUUUUGUAAUGUAAAAUUUUAAUGAAAGAAAGAUGUUUAUGAAUGAACCGGCAAUGUGCAGAUAGGGUCGGUGGUGCCGGUCGGAGGCAAUAAGUCGCGCCGAGGGGGCGGGCGCGGGGCGGGGGGACGCUCCCCGUUCCCGCUCCGACCCGCUUAUUUAUAUAUUGCAAAGAUCUCAGGUUAUUAUUAUAGUUAUUAGAAGUAUUAAGUUAUUUAAGUUAAAAUAAAAAUGUAAUUGUCUUCAAACUUGUUUUUUAUCGCCGCUCGAAGCUGCGUAUUAUUGUAGUCCAGUGAUGGUCGUACAUGAGAGAACUUUAUAUACUAACGGUUGCGUAUGAUGUAAUGAUGUUGAUGUUACACGACAAUGCAUUUCCUCAUCCAGUGUAAUUACUACAUUAAAUGUAAUUCAAUAGACUAACUUACCGUUUUUAAACAAAAUCUAAAUGUUUGUAGGGUCCAGUGUUUCAAACGCACAAUAUCAUAGUCUAGAGUUCACUUUCAUCAACAUAAACAUUUUAAAAAUGCAACAAAAACAUUUUAAUUCUAAACUUGAAAUGUCGAUAUAAGUAAAACUAACAAUAAUAAUAAAUGUAUCAAUUGUUUAUAAUUGAUAUUUAUUUGAUAGAAAGUAAAGAGGAAAUUGUAGAAAUUAUUGAUGAUGGAAAAAAUACAACUGAAUAAUGAAAA